AUGAGAGUAUGAACAACAAACACAGCCACGAGCACCACCCCUACGAUUGUACAGUUCUUUAUCAUAUCUCGGCACAUAAUCUCUGACAUGACCGAAUGUCUGCUACCUUAUAAAAUGUCGCUAUAACCUGUUGACAAGCCGCCUGCUCGGGUCAUUUGAUGUCUCAUCGCGUCCGAAUCAGUGAUGAGGACUUGCAGUAUGCGGCUGGUCCGCUCUUACACUGGCUGAGCACUGAAUAGUGAAUGUGGGCUGCCCUGCGGCUCGCCCUACUGCUCCUGCCAUGGGGAAUACAGCCACAAAGUUCCGCAAAGCACUUCUCAGUGGAGACGAAGGAUUGGCGUGGCAGCUCUAUGAGAGUAACCCCCAAUUUAAAGAGGCCUUGGACCCCAAUGCAUCUUAUGGGGAGCCCUAUCAACACAACACAGCCCUGCACUAUGCCUCACGCCAUGCCAUGACACGCCUCAUCAGGUCUUUUAUUUUCUCCAAAGACGGCAACCCCAACAAGUGUAACAUUCACAAUGAGACAGCACUGCACCUGCUGUGCAUGGGCCCACAAAUCCUGCUGGGUGAGGGGGCACUACAGCCGCGGAUCAGCCGCCCCCAGGAAGACGAACAGAAGCGGGCUGAGUGCCUCCAGAUGAUCCUGCAGUGGACCGGAGCCAAACUGGACCAGGGAGAGUAUGAGAGAGCCAACGUCAACGGCACUGACAACAAAAAGAGCACCUGCCUGCACUAUGCAGCGGCUGCAGGAAUGAAGAACUGUGUUGAGUUGCUGGUGAAGAGUGAUGCAGAUUUGUUUAUGGAGAAUGAGGAUAGGAAGACACCAUGUGACUGUGCAGAGAAGCAGCAUCACAAGGAGCUGGCACUCAGUCUAGAGUCUCAGAUGGUUUUCUCUCAGGAUGCUGGAGCUCAGGAGAUAGAAGCAGAGUACACUGCCCUUGACCGACGAGAGCCAUAUGAGGGACUGAAGUUGCAAGACUUGCGUCAGUUGAAAGACAUGUUGAUAGUGGAGACAGCGGACAUGUUGCAGGCUCCUCUCUUCACGGCUGAGGCGUUGCUGCGAGCUCAUGACUGGGAUAGGGAAAAACUCCUGGAGGACUGGAUGUCUAAUGCAGAGGACUGCUGUCAGCGCUCAGGUGUUCAGAUGCCUACUCCCCCACCAAGUGGCUACAAUGCUUGGGACACACUGCCUUCACCUAGAACUCCUAGAACAACUCGGUCCUCCGUCACCUCCCCUGAUGAGAUCAGCCUUUCACCUACAGAUGGCCUUGCCCUGUGUGGGAUUUGCAUGUGCCCCAUAUCUGUGUUUGAGGACCCCGUGGACAUGUCCUGUGGACACGAGUUCUGCCGGGCAUGCUGGGAAGGGUUUUUAAAUCUGAAGAUCCAAGAAGGGGAAGCACAUAACAUCGUCUGCCCUGCUUAUGACUGCUUCCAGCUGGUUCCCGUGGAAGUCAUUGAAAGCAUCGUCUCCAGAGAGAUGGAUAAGCGCUACCUGCAGUUUGACAUUAAGGCUUUUGUGGAUAAUAAUCCUGCCAUUCGCUGGUGCCCCGUGGCCAGAUGUGAAAGAGCUGUGCGACUGACUCGCCCAGGCCCAGGAGCCUCUGACCCUCUGAGCUUCCCCUUGCUCAAAGCCCCUGCUGUGGACUGUGGGAAGGGUCAUCUCUUCUGCUGGGAGUGUCUCUGUGAUGCUCAUGAACCUUGUGACUGUGAGACAUGGAAGAUGUGGCUGCAAAAAGUGUCUGAAAUGAAGCCUGAAGAAUUGGCUGGUGUGAGUGAAGCUUAUGAAGAUGCUGCCAACUGCCUUUGGUUACUCACUAACUCUAAACCUUGUGCCAACUGCAAGUCCCCCAUCCAAAAAAACGAAGGCUGUAAUCACAUGCAGUGUGCAAAGUGCAAGUAUGAUUUCUGUUGGAUUUGUCUAGAAGAAUGGAAGAAACACAGCUCCUCUACUGGAGGAUACUAUCGCUGUACGCGCUAUGAGAUCAUUCAACAGGUGGAGGAACAGUCCAAGGAUAUGACUGUGGAGGCGGAAAAAAAACACAAGAGUUUUCAGGAACUCAACUGUUUUAUGCAUUAUUACACUCGAUACAAGAACCAUGAACACAGUUAUCAGUUGGAAGAACGACUUUUGAAAACAGCUAAAGAGAAGAUGGAACAACUGAGCAAAGCUUUCAUUGGAAGGGAAGGAUCCCCACCUGACACCACAUUCAUUGAGGAUGGUGUUCAUGAACUUCUCAAGACCCGACGCAUCCUUAAGUGCUCUUAUCCAUACAGUUUCUUCUUAGAGCCCAAAAGCACAAAGAAAGAAAUAUUUGAACUUAUGCAGACUGAUUUAGAGAUGGUCACUGAGGAUCUUGCUCAGAAGGUGAACAGGCCUUACCUCCGCACCCCUCGCCACAAGAUAAUCAGCGCUACAUAUCUGGUGCAGCAAAAGAGACGGGAGUUCUUGGCCUCUGUGGCUCGAGGUGUUGCCCCAAAUGAUUCACCUGAAGCUUCACGUCGCAGUUUUGCCGGUGGGACUUGGGACUGGGAGUAUCUGGGAUUUGCAUCGCCUGAGAUGGUGAGGAAUCACCCAGUACGGGGAUCAAACACACAGCGUGAGAGCAAUUACAAUCCAGGAAGCCAGCCGCAGGAAUACUCAGAGUUUCAGUACAGACGCAGACACAGACAGCGGCGUAGAGGAGACCUGCUCAGACUGCAGAGCCUCCACAGUACCUCCCCUGAACCCCACGAUUCCAAUGACAACACUUUAGAAACACAUGAUGGAGACGGUUUACAAAGACAUGGAAUCUCCACGGCACAUGGGUCUUUGGAUGAGGAUGACCCAAAUAUUCUCCUGGCUAUUCAGCUGUCCCUACAGGAGUCCGGGCUGGCCUUGGACCCCGAGUCUCAGGAUGUGCUCAGUACUGACCCCUCUGUAGGAGCCAGUGGCUCCUCUUUGCCCUCUAGACUGGAUUCUGCCCCCCAUACUGUGGAUCCCCCCCGGGCUUCCAUGAGCAGCUCUGAGCUCCUGGAACUGGGAGACAGCCUUAUGAGACUGGGCAAUAUUACCAGCCAUUACACACCCUUUAACAUGAAUUCCUACCCUAAUGCCUUAGGUAAUGCCUUCACCCCUACUGAUCCAGACUUCCUGGACCCUUCCACCAAUGCCAACCUGCUUGGCAACAUUAUGGCCUGGUUUCAUGAUAUGAACCCACAGAGCAUUGCACUGAUACCCUCGAAUGCCGGUUCUGAUCCACUCGUUUCUGGAGAGGGACACGAAGAACCUGUUAAACCCCAGGAGGAGGAGAACGAGGUGGGGAGGCCAGAGCAGGGUUCCCCACCUCUGACAAAAGAGAGUGCAGGCAUGUUGAUGCCACAGUGUUUGGAACUAGAAUGUGUGGAUGAUGCACAACCAUCUAAAGUAGAGCCAGACUUGGAGGAUUUGGGCAGAAGUGAAGAUCUCACUGGCACAGUUUGUCAAGAGAGCAGUAGUGAUCGUGAUGUCCAGGUAACUGACCUCUCAGAGUGGGAGGAAGAAAUGCACCUUGUGUGAGGAAGUAGUUCAGUUAAGUUCACCAACAGAGUGCUCUUAUUGUGCCAAAACACUAAAUAUAAGCAAAACUGUGUCUGUAUAAAUAACAAAUCUGGUGCAAUGGGGUUAGACAGGGCUUGUCGUAUUGGUGUGCAUCUGGUGAAAGAAUAAAGAGUGUGUGGUCAGAUUCAAUAUGAUGGAAGUUGGUUUGAUAACAGUGUGAGGAAGAGAAUGUUGCAAAGUAUUAUGCCCAGCAAGGUCACUUUGGCCAUCCCCAGAAAUCUUGCUUUGGGUGCCAUGAGCAAAUCAGUAAUAGAUUAGAGAUUCAUUCAUCUGUGCCACUUUAUAUUAGGUGUCUUUAACUACUAUGUACUAACAUUAAAAAUACAUACAAUACAAUGUACUUACUGUGUAACUCUGUUGUUCUGCAAAAUUCUCACAAGAUUCACAUUUGCUGCUACUGAGGUUGAGGUACGGGUAGAGCUAGGAUUUAGAUUAGAGUUAGGGUUUAGGCUAAGGAUUGGGUUAGGGUUAGGUUUAGGAUUAGGGGUUUAGGUUAACAGUGUAACUACAGAUGUCAUUAAAUGCAGGUACUUUAAAUGUAAGUAAAAUGUAACACAUAUGUACAUAAUAAGUACAUUAUAUCAAAUGCUUAAGUACAUAGUACAUGAAAACACCUAAUAUAAAGUGGGUUCCAUUCUUCAUUUAAAGGGAUAGUUCACCCACCCGCCCCCCCCAAAAAAAGAAUAUUCUGUUGUCAUUUACUCUAUUACACUAAUUUCGUUCCAAUCCUGUAUGACUCUUUUUUUUUUUUUUUUUUUUUUUUUUUGGUGGAACACGAGACAUUUUAAAAAAUAUUGAUGCUGCUGUUUUUCCAUACAAUGCAUAUGAAUUGGGAAAGAGGAUGUCAGUCCUUAACUAUAUCUCUCUGAAAUAGUAAGUAAAUUAUGACAGAAUUUUAUUUUUUGUGAACUCUAAAAAACAAAAAGUUCAAAUGGUUGAAAGAAUAUGAAACAUACAUUUUUAAUAUGGUUUAAUCUUUCUGACAAGAAAAAAAGUAAUGUUUACAUACAGAUGAAAAUAGAUGAUUGCUGAAUUUAAUUGAGAACGUGUCAAUCAAAUGUUUCUGGGCUGUUUCAGUUACUGUAAAACAGUGUGUGAAGUCAAGCCACCAUUAAGACCUGAUCUUGUGAGUUCUUUCCCCUUCUGUGUUUUAUAGUUUAAAGCUGCAACAGACCUCUUAUUUAGCAAUGCCAAUUUGUGGCUCCAUUUGAAGACACAAAUUCCCUAUUUGUUAAUCAUGCCACAUUUAAUGCAAGUUAAUUGAUGCAUAUAGCACAAUGCACAUUUCAGAUAUUACAAAUUAGGUUAUUUCUAUUUCAGUGUACUGUCAUGCAGUCCAGCAUUCAUUUAGAAGUGCAUCAACGGAAUAUUUUGAGUUAAAAAACAAAAUACUACUUGCAAAUUAACUUAAUUUCUUAUCUAAUCUAUUGUGACUACUAAACACAAUACUUCUGAUAUCCAGUGUUGUGUAUUUCACUGGGCUCAUGCAUAAUAGAUACCCAUAAAGACACUCCACAGGUCUUCUGAAGCAACACAGACAUGUAUUUACAGUGUUUUUUAUGAUUUAGUUUGUGUCACACUUCCCUUCUUAGUCAGAAACAUAGGAGGUCAUUCUGUUUAACAACAAAAGAUGUACAUACAGUAUGUGUCCAAACUUAUUCUAAUCCAUAAACCAUUUCUCACAGGUACUGUGGUGAUAGCUGUUUUGCUAUCUUAACCACUAUAUCUCUUUCUCACUAAACAUACUGUGCAGAAUCUAAGAAGCUUUUAAUAGAAUAUUCCAGGUUACAUACAACUUAAAAGGAUGGUUCAUCUCAAAAUUAAAAUUCUGUCAUUAUUCUGUCACCCUCAUAUUGUUCCAAACCUGUACGAGUGACUUUUUCCAUAGAACACAAAAGGAGAUUUUAUGAAGAAUGACAGCCAAUGUCACCAUUCACUUUCAUUGCAUCUUUUUUCCCCAUACAGUGAAAGGUGACUGAGGUUGCUCAUCAGUGUGCCUUUUUUCUUAUAUACAUGUUACCUAAUUAAGUUAGUGUUUGACGUGUCUAUUAACUACAAUCAACUUCUGUACUCAUUCAAUGAAAUGUUAAUGGAGAGUAUUUGGUUCAUAUUGAUAACAGCCUCAUGUCUUGUUCUGCAGUGAAAAGGUUGCCAUGAUUUGAUUGCAUUACAAUUUGUGUGUGGCUCUUUAGAAGUGUCUUUUAAUGGUUAGGACCGUAUAAUCAUAGAGUGAAGAGAAGAGGGAAAUAGACAAUUUAGAGUUGGUACUUAUAGUUGGUGCAUUUAGUUUGGCUUUAUUCCCUCUGAUCAAGUCUUGCAUAAAGUGAGGGCCAGUUUUUUACUUUUUUGCCCUUUGCCAUACAUCAUCUUGCAUUUUGAGACAUGGGCAGUUUUUACAUCUUGAUCUGAAUAUUGUGUGAAGAUGGAUUGUUUGAUUUUAUUAUUAUUAUUAAUAUUAUUAUUAUUAUUUCCUGCUUCCUGUUAGAUAUUUAUGGUGGUGGUAUUUUAUAUCUAAUUUGUUUUGUUUGUUUUUUUUAACUUUUUUUUAUUAUUAUUGAAAUUUGACCAUUAACAUUGAAUUGUCAUUGCACUUUCAUACUUGAUACAUACAUACUUGAUACAUUCACGGUUUUGUAAUUUGUAGCCAAUAAACAAAGUAUUUCGCUCAAGGUUUGCCCAGAUUAAAAAGUGUGA